AUCACAUCGACAGUCUGACACACAGGUUUACCUAAUCAAAAAAAUUGUCUACCCCAUUCCUCCUCUCUGAUUUUUUCCUUCCUUUCGUUUUCCUCUUCCUCUUUGUCCAUUUCUUUCUUUUUUCCUUCCUUUCUUUCUUUCUUUUUUUCCUUUCUUUUUUUCUCUUUCUCUUCCUCCCCUUUUGUUUCCUCUUCCUCCCUUCUUUUUUUUUUUCCUUCUCGCUCCUUUUUUCCCCAAUUUUUUCCGACGGCAGCGCUAAUUUACCGACUUUAUCCAAAUUAGUAGGGGGUGUCGCACCCCCCCCCCUUUGUUCGGGGUGUGACGUCAAUGUCAGUCAUCUAUACAACAGCUCGACGGAUGAUCGAUGAAGGCAGAAAUAUGGAUUGAAAUAUGCCAUUUUGGAGAGGUAAUUUCUGGAACCUUCAUUCAAUAUAUUUCUCAUAAGUAACAAUUCUUCCCAUUCACAAUUAUGGAAAAAAUGAUUAUAAAUAAUACAUAAGAAUUGACGGUGCUGCUCGACUUAAAAGAGCACAUUUAAGGACAAACUUCACGCUAGCAAUGACUUCUUAGUUAGAUAAUUUAUGCACCUUGUUUAUGACAGAAACUGCUCAGAAUAUUCUCAGGGGAGCUCUUCAUAAAUGGACAAAGUCUGUUUCAUCCCACAAAAAUCAAGGAAAUUUGUCAGAUCUGACUUGUCAGACGAAAAUGUUGAUGAAACACUCCCCUGAUCAAAAUAAAAUUCAUAUCCAAAUAUUUGAGCUUGUGCCAUAUAAAAAACGUUAUCCUGUUUGGAGGUAAGCCUAUUAAACUAAGAUGUAGGCCUAUACUCAAAGAAUAAUAAAUAGAUUAGCCUCUAGCGGCCGAUCUUGAAUUUUUUUUCUCCGCCCCAUCCCGAUCUGGAAAUGACUAAACUUGGAAUACUAACAUAAAUAUCGGUCGUGGAACGUCGGUAGACUUGCGUGAAAUUAGAUAACAGGCAGUCAGGGUCUACAAAGUACAAUGAGCUAUAUGAAUAUGAUUCGCUAUGAACUUUGUACGCUGAUAUGGAUUAUAUAAGUAGAGAAUUGCCAAUCCCAAAGUAAAAUACCAAAAAACAAAUCAAGACUCGCAUACAACUAGAUUAAGUUCGAGGGAUUGAUACACCCACGUACAACCUGCAAAACUCGUCAAUAAUUUAUAGGAGUUUGUUUGAAGUUUCAUAACCUUUAACUGGACAUUGAUCGAAAUUGAUAGCUUUUCUACUCUAUGGAUUAAGCAAUGAAGCAAGCCACUUGGUAACGUUUUAACAAGUUAUUGUUCUAUAAUAAUCAUUUAUACUGGACGUCUAUACCUUUUCAGAUAUUUGAGCAAAAGUAUUGUGUAAGCUAUCGGAUGCUCGCGAAAACCUGAUGAAACAUUUAUGUUGGCCUGUAUACCAUGAUAUUGGGUUCGUUGUAAAGACUGCGAUGCACUUGUUAAUUCUGGUGAUUUGUUUGCUGUUGCUCCCUGACAGCAAUGCAAGUCACUAUGACCCUCAUCUCUACCCAUCCACCGGGCCUUUCUUUGAGGGUUGGUACACCAGACUAACUGAUACAGACAACAAUAGAUCAUUCGGUGUGCUCUUCGGUCGUGUCCUCCCAAGGAUCAACCAGUCGACGUCAGCAGGAGACUCUGCUCCGCUGACUUACAUCGGUCUCUUACGCAGCAAUGGUGAGUCUCCUAUGGUGGUCGUCGAGGCCUACCCAGAUGAAGACGACAUCGAGGUUACAAUACAUGGUGGAAAACCGGUCACUGGCAAAAACCCCUCGUUGCAGACACCGUCUUACUUCGAGUAUGUUGCACGCCCCUUUGGAUUCUUCAACGUGACUCCAGACUCGACGGUAUUUAAUUUCACAAUUGAAGGAGUGACUUUUGCAGGAAGCUUCUCUGGACCACUGCUCUGGGACUCUACUGGGCAGGGUCCAGAAGGCUGGCUUUCUAACCUACCACUGCUACCAAUUCAUUGGUUUGUCUAUAGCCUAGGAACUCUAGGAAGAUACACAUGGACUCAUUCAGGCUCCGUCAUAUAUGGUAUGGCUCAUGCCCAUCAAGAGAAGAACUGGGGCCAGGGCUUCCCGGCAGGCUGGAUGUGGACACAGGCAUACAAUCGCACUGCAAAUGCGACAUUCGCAGGAACAUUCGGAAUCCUUUCAUAUUUUGAUACCUCUCCCACAAUCCCGGCCCACUUGUUUGGCUACAGAAACUUUGAACGUCAUCUUCAUUUUGAUUUCAGGCCUGAUAAUUCAUUUACGACACAGGAGCUAUGGCCGUGUGAUGGGACGGCUGCGGUUAAGAUCUUCAGUCCAUUGUAUAUUUUGGAGUUGACAAUGAGUACUCCUUUAAAUACUUUUCAGAAGUGUCUCCGCGGUCCAGUGGAAACGGGCUUCCGUUACAAUUUGGUAGAGACCUACGUGGCAACCAUAAGGAUUGUCAUCAAGAAACUGGGUAUUUGGGGCUACAGCGUGAUUGAAGAUCAGAUAUUCCACGGGGCUGCGUAUGAGUUUGGUAGAGAUUAUCUUUGUCCGAAAAAUCCAUGUACAUAAUUAUGGUAAUUAUUUCAGUGAGUUAUUACUAGAACUACACAGUGCGUCCCACAAGAAAAAAAACAACAACGAAGAAUUGAUGACUUAGGCUAUUCUAAGUUUAUCACAAAUUCAAUAGACGAAUGACGUAUCAUUGUAAAGCUUAAAGUAUCCUUGUCUCUUCCUCUGGUAUCUCUUUGAGAUUAUGCUUCUACUCUAUUUCCAUACUAACGGAUUUUCUCCUGUAGCAUUUGCACGGUAAGCAAAGACUUUAUGCAUGACUUAUCAAGAAAGUGUCGAGAAGUUUGACAGCUAUCCUGUAAAACAUCUUCAUUUUAUGAAAUUACUUGAAUUCAGGCAUGAUUUAAGAAAAAAACCGGACAUUGUCAUUUUUAACUAUUUGCUGUGAUUGUGAUAUCAUUUAACGAACAUUGAUUUUCUUUUUUUAAUUCAGAUACCACCAGUUUUUUUUUUCAUUUUUGUAAUUACUCAUACCUAAAUGAGGAAUGGUUCAAAUUCUGAUCAGGCGAAUGACAAGAUUCUAAGCUUUACAAUGAUACGCUAUUUGCCUCAUGCAUUUGUAAUUAUGUUAUGAUAAAUCCUCACUAAUUCUUUAUUUCGGCUAUCCUGGGACCCUCUAUAGACCUAUUUGCUGAAUCCAAGCCUGUUCACGGUUGUAAACUGCGCGCGAGCAGAAAAAGGUCAUUGGAGAUAAACCAUGAAGGUGGCUUUCAAAUUCACUGACAUAGGCAUUCGUGAUUUGAUGAUUAUUCAUGUAUUCCUUUCAAAAUAUUCAUUUUAUCACAUCCAAGCUGAAGAGUAAAAAAUAGAGCCUUCAUAAUCACUGGUAUUUAGCAGUAGCCUAAACAAUAGUCAAAUGUGCCAAAGGCAGACAAUAAAACAGAUUUCCAAACUUUAUCCCUGAUGUACUAUUCUAGUCACCUGGUUUAUACAAUGCCUUUUGUUCUUAGAAUUUGAAUACUCUACCGGUUUACGCAACAUCUACAUCUGAAAAUGAUAGUGCUUAUCCUAAUGAAAAAUCACAAAGGUCAUUUGAGAAAAGUUGAUCAUGAGCUAACCGUGAACUGGCUUUUUAAUAGUAACUUAUCUGGCGAGUAGCGCAACAAAGGGCAUUCUAAAGCAAAUACUCAGUCCGCAUGAAAAAAUGCAUGAAUGUGGGAUUGGCAUGAUUGAAUUUUGUUGCUUAUCAGAGUUCCAUUGGCCUACAAUUUGUCAACUUUGUUAUCCGCUUCCGAUUAGGUCUUUGAAUCAUGCACCCGAUUAAACAUAACCAAACUUUAAGAUUGACUGACUCGAUCCGGCCUCAAACCUCAUACGGUCACAAAAAAAAGGGGGCUUCAGGUUUAUUAGAGAUGCCUUGUUCCCAUUGCUUGACAUCAAUUAAAUUGAAAUUUAAUGGAAAUCUGUA